GUUCAUCCUAAUGAUUCAAACGAAACCCCGGUUUUGCAUCCGUUCAUGCAUCAGGCUGAAGCGAUGCGCGAUGCGAUCACACAUCUUCCUGAUCCGAAUCCAAUGGCACAACUGAAUCGAAAUUUUUCCAGUCUCAUGCAGUGGACCAUCACUGAAUUGUUCAAAUACUGGGGUCCCGCUUAUCCCAUCCAGUUGUCCGAAGACCUGUUCCAAGUACAUCGCCAAUUCACUCCAAAUUCCGUGAUUUUGCCACUCAACACGGAUCAGGCCACCGGUUCCAGUCUGGUUGACGUUGUGGCCAACGGAAUACGAGCCGUUUUGCGUCAUUCUCUAGUUGCACCGAUUCCUCCCAAUAUGGAAAAGUUGACUCCGGAAAGCGCCGCGACCCGCGUGUCCGUCCGGUUCGGUCAUUUGGGCAGUGAUGCUUAUUUGGUUCCAGCACUCCGUCUGGACUCAAAAAUCUCGUGA